UCAUGCGUGUCUAAUUAAUGAUGGAUUUGUGGUGCCAAUACCUAUUCCCAUAUGUUGACAUGCGAAUUGAAAUUAAAUUAAUGAUACGGACAGUAUGGGUUUCGUUAUUAAUCGAUGAUUUCAUAUUUCAGAGAAUAUCACUAAUAAGCAGCUUCCUUUGCUCACUAUUUCUUGGUAAAAUUGCACCUAUCGAUAUUAUGGAAGCGUCUGGCACAAACUUAAUGGAUAUCAAAUCGAAAACUUGGAACGAGACGUUACUGGACAGAUGCGGGCCGAAUCUAAAGUCAAAAUUGGGCGAUACGGUGCCGUCUAAUACCAAACUAGGAAAAAUUGCGCCGUAUUUCGUCGAUCGAUGGGAUUUUAAUCCCGAAUGCGAGAUAAUCGCAUUUACUGGAGACAAUGCCUCCUCCUUGAUCGGCCUGCGACUUAAUCCCGGGUGGUUGGCCGUUAGUUUGGGUACCAGCGAUACUGUCUUCCUAUGGUUGCAAGAACCGCACGUCGUCAUAGACGGGCACAUAUUCUGCAACCCUAUCGAUAAAGAUGCUUAUCUUGGACUCUUAUGUUUUAAAAAUGGCUCGUUGUCACGAGAGCGCAUUAGGAAUAAUUGCACCGAAGGAUCGUGGGAAAUAUUUAACAUGCUCCUUGAUAGUACUCCUAGAGGUAACUUUGGGAAUAUAGGUUUAUACUACGACACUCAAGAAAUCAUUCCAUUUUUAUCUGGUGAUUAUAGGUUUAAUAAAGCAGGAGAUAGAAUUGUUAAAUUUACCAGUUUAGAAGUAGAGGUACGCGCGCUGAUCGAGGGCCAAUUUAUGGCGAAACGGAUGUACGCCGAAGACUUUGGUUUCAAAUUUGGAGAGGACACAAAGUUACUAGCCACCGGGGGUGCUUCUUGCAAUAAAUCAAUUCUUCAAGUCAUGGCCGACGUAUUUAACGCACCUGUUUAUACAUUGAAUGUGUCCAAUUCGGCUACCAUUGGAUCGGCUUAUCACGCAAAGAUUGGUCUAUUAGGAAAUGAAAAGACCUACCAGGAAAUUACAGCUUGUCUUCCAGAACCAGAGCUGGUCUGCACCCCUUACAGCGAUGCGGCAGAUAUAUACGAACCUAUGUUGAAACGGUAUCGUAAUAUUAUACAAAUGCUAGUGAAAACUAGUUGAAAUUCUGGAUUUAGCACAAUUUUUAAUAUUUUUUAAUACGUUCAUAGUUUAUUUUUCUACCAAAAAUGUAACUAAGUAUAAAGUGCAAUAAAAUUGUUCGUGUUU